CCUGACAAUAGCAUAAAAAACUUCACCACGUUGACGUCUUCAAGUUGAAUUAUCCCCCAAUUUUUUACUCCAUUUCCCAAGCCCAAAUCACGCACUCGAAAACCCAUCAAUUAUCUUGCCAAGAUUCGGGCGAGAAGAUGCAUCUAUGGCCGUCUAUGAGGCUGAGGGACUCCUUCAAGAACAAUUACUUGAAGAAACUUGAAUGGAAUCUUCAUAGGAUGAAUAUUGAGAAGCAGCAGCAGCAGAGAGAUCAGUCGACUAGCAACCAGCAGAAGCUCUUGGAAAACGAUCAAACUGAUUCGAAAAAUUCAGGGUGUGGAGGGUUUGGUGUGAUUUGCAGAGAACUUUUCAUGGUUCUCUCUUGCUGUUACUGUUGUUUCUGCUGUGGAGCUUGUAUUGAGGGCGACGAAAGCAGCUGAUAACAUAUCAAGGAACACAUAAUCAGGGACCUGGUCUUGUACAGAGUAGACGGCAAAGGAAUCAUCAAACAAAAAACAUUUUAUCUGUAGUACUUAGCAUUGGUGUAAUUUACACCUUAUCGUCUAGGAUUGUGGUAAGUUACUACAAAUAACGGUUGCAAUGGAAUGUUACUUCUGGUGGUGGUUCUUUUGGUGUUUUUCAGGUAGAUGUAUAGUUUUUUCAGCAGAUUCCAUCCGAGCGAAUCAUAUUAUAGCGAAAGAUGUGGGAACUAGUUUAUUUUUAAUGCAAAAUAGUCGACAAUUGAUAGUA